AUGACAGACAGCUUCCAGGAUAAAAACCUUUUUUUAACAUGGCUGCAACAAGAAGACCGAGCCAGUGUGAUAGACGCCGCCAAACACGCUCACAAGUUCUGCAACGUGGAGCAAGACGAAAGCACAUAUCUGAAGAGACCCGACGGCAUAGAGAGGCAGUAUCGAAAGAAGUGCGGCAAGUGCGGCCUGAUGCUCUUCUACCAGCACCAGGACAAGAACACUCCCGCCACCUUCAUCCUUGAAGGAGCCGUCGUCAAAUUUGGACAGGGCUUCGGUAUCACCAGCGUCUACAGCCAGAAGCAGCCUGAAGCUCCCACGAAGGUCCGAGUCAUGAUGACCAAGAGGACCAAAGACAUGGGCAAGUUCAGCUCCGUCACCGUGUCCACCAUCGACGAGGAGGAAGAGGAGAUCGAGGCCAGGGAAGUGGCGGAUUCCUACGCUCAAAAUGCCAAAGUGAUCGAGAAGCAGCUGGAGAGGAAGGGGAUGAGCAAGAAGAGGCUGCAGGAGCUGGCAGAGCUUGAGGCCAAGAAGGCCAAGAUGAAGGGUACACUGAUUGACAAUCAGUUUAAGUAGAGGAGUGUAUAGAGGGACACAAACACUGUGGCUGCUGUCUUCUGGAGAUCCUAAUCUGUGCAGGACUGGCCUGAAAAGUUUGUGGUCAGCACAGCAUCAGUAGA